AUGAAAAAAAGCAUUGUUAAAAUUAACUACACUCCUACAAUACCGCACUGCAGCAUGGCUACUCUAAUAGGUCUAUCCAUCCGUGUAAAAUUAAUCAGGACUUUAGCUUCAAGAUUCAAAGUUACUGUAGAAAUCACACCUGGGACCCAUGCUUCUGAACAUGCUAUUAAUAAACAAUUAGCCGAUAAAGAACGAGUGGCUGCAGCUAUGGAAAAUAAGCAUUUGUCAGGGGUCAUAGAUCAGUGUAUAUGCUUUGAUGAUACGACUAGAGAUAAUAAAGUAAUUGAAGAUGUUGUCGAUGGUAUGAAAAGACAAGUUUUUGGAGAAACUUAUGAGUUGCUGGAUAAAUUGAAUGUAAAAGUUGAUACUGUGGGGAAGUAUGAUUUUUUGAAAGAGUCUGACCCACAAUUGUAUAGAGAUUUUAUAUUUUUGGAAAAUGUUAAUGAAGAUUUGGUUAAUAGAUUAAAAACAAGGCAUGUGGAAAAGCCUAAAGUUACAGAGAAGGAUAUUUUGGCAGAUUUAGAGUACUUAAUGGCGUGUUGA